CGCUUUGCUUCAGUGUUCUAAAUUUUAAGUUAAUUAAUUUAUUAUUGUUUUGUUUUGUAAACUCAGAACAUUAUCGAGUAUAUUUGUUAUAAAUACAGAACUGUAAAUAAUAUCAAAGCAAUACAGCUAUGGACGACAUAGAAAAACUAAGUUGUAAGGAGGAGCUUUUAGAUUUAAGUGAUGUGGAUCAUUCUGCGAAUGAUGACCACAAGGAUAGUGAGAGGAGUGUGAAGAAGAGAAAGAGAAGAAGGCGUGAAAUUGAUAUGAUUAAACUGUCUGAUGAUGAUGAAACUGAUGAAGAGCAUACUACGGGGAAGAAAAUGGUGCGCCGAUUUAGUCCAGGUCCUAACUCACCAGCGUCACACAGAGAACCAAGAACAUGUGUGUUGAAAGCCAGUCAAAAGAGACGUCCACUGUCAAGACUGCUAGAGCAGCUUCUCCGUAAUCUGGAAAAGCGUGAUCCGCAUCAAUUCUUUGCAUGGCCAGUUAACGACAACUUUGCACCUAACUAUUCAAAUGUCAUAAAAAGACCCAUGGACUUUUCCACAAUGAAGCAAAAGAUUGAUGAUAAUGAGUACAGAUCUUUGAAUUGUUUUAUUAAUGACUUCAAGUUAAUGUGUAAUAAUGCUAUGAAGUACAACAAGGCUGGUACAGUGUACCACAAGGCUGCUCGGAGACUGCUGCAUGCAGGGCUCAAGCAACUUACACCCCACAAGCUUCGACCACUCGGAGACCACCUCACAUACAUGUAUGAAAUACCCAUCAGAGAGCUCGGAUUUGAUAUUGGAAAGAUGGAUUUGCACAAGCUAAAACGUAACGGUGAGCACAAGAGCGGGGGGUCGGAGGCGGAGGGCACCGAGUCCCACGAGCAGACGGACCCCGGAGACAGCGUCAAGCUGCAGAUGGAGGAGGAAAGGGAGCAGCAUCGACGGAGGCUAGCUAAGAAAGCAUUCCCCCGCAUGGACGCCACUGGCAAGACCACUCUCGGCAUAGUCACCAACACUGUGGACCCCACGAGUGAGGAUCGGCCCAUGACGCUGGGCCAGUACAUCGGCAAACUCACGCACGGCACGGGGACAUUGCACACGACGCGCGAGGACCGUCGCAACCUGGCGAAGUGCGUGAAGCCGCUACAGUACGGGCCGUUCAGCUCGUACGCGCCCGCAUACGACGCCACCUUCGCCACGCUCACGCGCGACGAGUCGCACCUCGUGCUGCACACGCUGCCGUCGGAGCUGGGUCAAGGUAACGAGGAGCUGCUGCGGUUCGCGGCGGACUCGCCGUGGGCCUGCAUCUACGACAUGGAGGCCAUGUUCCCCGACAAGAAGCAGCAGGCUGAGACCGCGCCCGCUGAUGACACGCAGCCGGACCUAACGAGCGUGAAGGUGGACAUCGGCGAGCUGCGCACGCUGUCCGACGUCGGCGUCGACGUGGACUUCCUCGCCGACAUAGAGGACGACAUCCUGGCCGCCACGCGCGACUACGGCCUGCGCGCCGCGCUCACCCACACCGCGGACGUCCUGGCCAAGCUGGAGCGCGAGCAGCGGGAGCGGUUGUCAGCGCCACCCCCACCGCACCUAUCGCUGUGCGCUCGCGCCGGCGCGGCGGAGCGCGAGGCGGCGCGCCAGUCGGCGCAGUGUCUGCGCGCGAUGGUGGCGCGCGUGCCGCCCGCUGCGGUCGUGCCGCUCGCGCCGGUGCGACGCGCGCUAGGCGUCACGCUUGAUCACCUCGACACGCCGAUGUCGGUGGACGAGUUGGACUUCUGCGCCGAGCGCGACACCUCCGACCCCGACUCCCGCUCCAGCCACGACAAGUGAACAUGGCAACGCACCUGGAACUACUCGAGUGAUGCAGAUCUCUGGGCUAUUGCAUCAUGCGGUCGGCCCGCCUGAAAAAAAAUGUGUGAUUUUUAUCACAAUAAUUAAAGCGUUAUUGUAAUAAAGCGAUGCCGACAGAUAACAUCCGAAAUAUAUUUUCUGACUGCUAUGUAUUUAGAAUAAGUAAACUAGGUUAAGAAAAUAAAGUAUCUGUAAAUAGAGACUGAAA